AUGGAUGCAUUCAGAGCACCUGAAAAUGAGUCGCUGUUGUCCAGUUCCUCUGGUCCUGCCAGAUGGGAUCCCUUCCGACGUCCCUUGGACUCCAUCCAGCCCUGGCACUUCAGGCUUCUGGCAGCAGUAAUGUUGGUGGUGACCUCCCUGUCACUUGCUGAGAACCUGGCUGUAAUCCUGGUAACUUUUAAGUUCAAGCAAUUGAGACAACCUGUCAAUUACAUUAUAGUCAAUUUGUCUGUGGCUGAUUUCCUGGUCUCACUGACUGGUGGCACCAUCAGCUUUUUAACCAAUCUAAAGGGUUAUUUUUAUAUGGGAGCCUGGGCUUGUGUACUGGAAGGAUUUGCUGUCACAUUUUUUGGAAUUGUUGCUCUCUGGUCUCUUGCUCUUUUGGCUUUUGAGCGGUACAUUGUGAUCUGCCACCCACUGGGAAAUAUGCGCUUGAGGGGGAAGCAUGCAGCCCUAGGUAUUGCCUUUGUGUGGACCUUUUCCUUCAUUUGGACCAUUCCACCAACGAUGGGUUGGAGCAGUUACACCACCAGUAAGAUUGGAACUACUUGUGAGCCUAACUGGUACUCAGGAGCUUAUACCGACCAUACGUACAUUAUUGCAUUUUUCACCACCUGCUUUAUAGUGCCUUUAACAGUGAUUUUGGUAUCCUAUGGAAAACUGAUGCAGAAGCUAAGAAAGGUGUCAGAUACGCAAAGCAGGCUGGGAAGUACCAGAAAACCUGAAAGACAAGUGACUAGAAUGGUCGUUGUUAUGAUCAUUGCCUUUCUAAUCUGCUGGACGCCAUACGCCGCCUUUUCUAUCCUAGUCACUGUGUACCCCUCCAUUGAGUUGGAUCCUCGUCUGGCAGCAAUUCCAGCUUUCUUUUCCAAAACAGCUACUGUUUAUAAUCCUAUUAUUUAUGUCUUUAUGAACAAACAGUUCAGGAAGUGUCUGAUUCAGAUGUUCAGCUGCAGUGCCAUAGAAACUGCAGAGUCUAACAUGAACCCAACUUCAGAGAGAGCAAUGCUAACCCAGGACAAAAGAGGCAGUGAGAUGUCCACCAUGGCAGUACGUAGCACCAUUUCUAAGAGGAAAACUGGAGACGAACACAGAAAAUGUCGAUCUUUUGCUCAGUUUGCAGCUUCAGAAAACAAAAUCUGUCCCAUGUAG